AUGCUCGUACCUCUGCUUCUAUCGUUGGCAGCUGUUGUGUGCAUUUUACUGCUUGGCGAUCUUCCAGUGUUUCGCAACACAUUUAUCUCCCUAUUACACUCAAAGUUAAGCCGUCUAUUGGAUGGAAGUGUCUCAACGCUGAAAUACCUUGACUCGCACCAUUUCAAUGGGAAGUUACGUUUUAUGGCUCGUUUCGCAGGAUGGGCUAUACCGGCCUUCUACAUUGUAGUAUACUCCUCAGCAUUGUGGCUUUUUGCAAAGAACACACUGCCGCUAUUACCAAAGAAUCACCUCAGUAUCGUUAUCCCCUCUGUCCUACUCAAUUACUACACGUUUUCCAUGGCUGUGCUACUCGAUCCGGGGUCGAAACCAGCUUGCAUUUACCCAUUCGACGAAAUAAUAUACACUCCUUCGACUUGUCGGACGUGCAAAACUCUAAAACCAGCAAGAAGCAAACACUGCUCCACGUGCGACCGCUGUGUCCAGCUAUUUGAUCAUCACUGUGUUUGGCUGAACAAUGACGUUGGGUACUACACCUAUCGCUACUUUUUGACGUUCCUGGCAUCCAAGGUCUGGACGUUUACGUAUGGAGCAUAUUUGUGCUGGAUAGCAUUAGCUACCACUCCACGCAUGUUCUGGCAUACAGUGACGAAAACGAACUCCGUAAAUAAGAUAUCUGGAGCUCUAUUUCUAUUGUGCAUUUUGUUGCUGCCAUUGGUAGCAGUUUUCUUAGCAGAACAUCUGCGGUACAUCUACCUGGGAGUCACCACGAACGAGACUGCCAAAUGGGACUAUAUUCGGUAUCUAUUUGAGAGCCGCUUAUUGUACAGAGUUGACACUGAGAAUGGUUGCAAAUACAUCAUCGCCCAUGAGACAGGAUAUACCACUUUGGGUGGCACUCCAGUAAAUGCCCACGAACCCAAAUUGGUCCGCUCCUGGAAGGACCUACAAAAUGUUUACGAUAAAGGGUUCGUUUCAAACCUCGUUGAACGAGUAUUUCCAAAAGCUUUAUAA